AUGAAUCAAUUUGGACCACCAACAACUGUAGGAACUCCUCCACUUUCAGCUCAUCCUCGACAUGCACCGCCACCACCACCUCCUCAAGCUUAUUAUCAUCCUCAUCCUCUUCCUUAUUCUCACCAUCCUCAUCAUAUGGCUACUACGACUCCUCCUCCUCCUCCACCACCACCUCCGCCUCCUCCUCCUAUGCCUGUCCCUAUCAUGUCUCCAGCAACUACUCCCAAUCUUACCAAUGUCAUGGAUCAAGAAUAUUGUGACUUUUUAUAUCAUGUUGGAUUCAUUCAAGGACGUCUUGCUGACACCAUAGUAAAUGUUCCUGGACUUGAAAAGACUUAUUCACUUCAUGCCCUUGUAUUAGCGCGAUCACCUACUUUGCAUCGAUUAUUAAAGGAUCAACAACAUAUGGACAAUAAGAAUAAAAAACAAGUAUACAAUUUAGUAUUGAAUGGUAUACCUAGAUCUGUAUCAGAAGAGGCUUUGAAUGCGACACUUGGUCAUCUUUAUCGACCUAUGACCCAUCAAGAUGUUAUGUACUUAUUUGCCCGUCCACGCGUUCUUUUGUCUAUUUUGGAUAUUGCCGACUAUUUGGAUCUUCAAUCCUUGACGUCGAUGAUUUAUGAAGCUUUGAGUCAUGAAUGGAAUUUUGAAACCAUCUUAUUUUGGUUACCUUAUCUGUCUGCCGUCGAUCAAUCAACAACAACAGAAGCAGGGUCGGAACGAUUGGCAUCCAUGGAAUUCGGUAUUCAUUAUUUGACACAUACAUUACCUCAUCAAUUGGAAGCAUUUUAUAAUGAUAACUUUAUGGAUUUGGCUCAUGUCUAUGCACAUCUACCUCUUGGAUUAUUGGAACGAUGUAUUGAACAUGAAGGUUUGGGUGUACGUGAUCCUAUGCAACGAUUUGAAUUUGCAAAACAAGUCAUGGCUCUUCGAAAACAAUGGAUGGAAAUAGAUGAUGGUAUUUCUGUUGCUUUACGUUUUAAUCAAGGUGAAGUUGCUGUCAAGGUCAUUCACCCCUGA